UGCAUUUUUACUAAAUUGCCCCUUUCUUCUUCCUUCAUCAUCCCUCCUCUCUCCCGUUCUGCCGUUCAUCCGCCAGGCAAUGCAUUUCACGAGCCCUGGCCCCACAGUUAGCUUCAAAUUUAACCUUUAACCAGUAUUAAUCCCCCCCCGGCAAUUGGCUUCACUCCACUCCUCUCCCUGACUUCUAUUCCGUCAUGGCGCCCCCUCAGAUCUCCCGCAAAACCCUCGGCCUCCUGCUUCUCCUCGCCGCCGCUGCCGUCUCGCCGGCCGCCGCCGACGAUGUGGUGGCCCUGACGGAGGCCGACUUCGAGAAGGAGGUCGGCCAGGACCGCGGCGCCCUCGUCGAGUUCUACGCGCCAUGGUGCGGCCACUGCAAGAAGCUUGCCCCAGAGUAUGAAAAACUUGGUGCAAGUUUCAAGAAGGCUAAAUCUGUAUUGAUCGCAAAGGUUGACUGUGAUGAGCACAAGAGUAUAUGUAGCAAGUAUGGAGUUUCUGGAUACCCAACAAUUCAAUGGUUCCCCAAAGGUUCUUUGGAGCCAAAGAAGUAUGAGGGUGAACGUUCCGUGGAAGCCCUCACAGAAUUUGUUAACAGUGAAGCAGGCACCAAUGUAAAGAUAGCUGCAGUUCCUUCAAGUGUCGUGGUUCUGACUCCAGAAACCUUUGACUCAAUUGUGCUUGAUAAAACCAAAGACGUCCUUGUUGAGUUCUACGCCCCAUGGUGUGGUCACUGCAAGCAUCUUGCUCCGGUUUAUGAGAAGCUGGCUUCAGUUUUCAAGCAGGAUGAAGGUGUUGUGAUUGCCAAUCUUGAUGCUGACAAGCACACUGACUUGGCUGAAAAGUAUGGUGUUUCUGGUUUCCCCACAUUGAAGUUCUUCCCUAAGGGAAACAAAGCUGGUGAAGAUUAUGAUGGUGGCCGGGACUUGGAUGAUUUUGUCAAGUUCAUUAACGAGAAGUGUGGUACCAGCCGGGAUUCAAAGGGACAACUUACUUCAGAGGCUGGGCUUGUGGCAAGCUUGAAUCCUCUUGUGAAGGAGUUUAUCAAUGCUGCAGAUGACAAGCGGAAAGAAGUCCUUUCCAAAAUUGAAGAGGAUGUUGCUAAGCUCAGCGGUUCUGCUGCCAAACAUGGAAAGAUCUACGUGACAGCUGCAAAGAAGAUUAUGGACAAGGGCUCUGGCUAUACGAAGAAGGAGACCGAGAGGCUUCAGCGCAUGCUGGAGAAGUCGAUCAGUCCUUCCAAAGCUGAUGAGUUCAUCAUCAAGAAGAACAUUCUUUCGACAUUCUCUUCUUGACUUUGAUGAUCCACGGCCCUUUUCUGCUAGUGAGCUAGGGCCAAUAGCACAACCGCCACAUGUCAGGAAAGGAAAACAGAAGAAAUGGAAUGAUAUCUAAGAAAGGUGGUAGUAAAAAAUCCAGUAGUGGCAGAGGUGGAUUUUUGUUUCUUACGAACUUGUACCCAGCUGCUCGUCAAUGCAUGUCCUUUUCUGGUUACAGGAAUUGACUUAGUUUACUUCAGACGGAAGAGGUUUAUGUAGCCAUCCCCAGAUGACACCCCAUACUUUGUGUUUAAUCCAAUAAGUUGGUUAUUCAGCUUCCGGUAGUUAUUUUGC